AUGAAAUUAAUCACUGCCCUUGUCGGCCUCGUCGCCGCUGAAGGGGUUACUGCCCUCAAUCUGCAAUCCAACCUGCAAUCAGCCCUUCAAUCUGUACUAAAUCACAGCGAAGCACAAGCCCGCAAACCAAAUAUCCUCUUUGUGAUAACCGACGACCAAGACCUCCAACUUGACUCCAUAUCUUACACCCCCCUGAUCUCAAAACACAUCCGCGAUCAGGGCACCUUUUUCCGCAACCACUUCGUCACAACAGCCUUAUGUUGUCCGUCGCGUGUGAGUCUAUGGACCGGUCGCCAGGCACACAACACAAAUGUAACCGAUGUUCAUCCGCCCUAUGGGGGAUAUCCCAAAUUCGUCGAGCGCGGCUUCAACGAUGAUUUCCUCCCGCUUUGGCUGCAAGCGGCCGGGUAUGAUACAUAUUACACGGGCAAAAUGUUCAACGCACAUACGGUGGAUAACUACCACAGCCCGCACAUCAAUGGGUUCAAUGGAUCUGAUUUCCUCCUCGAUCCUUAUACUUAUUCCUACCUCAAUUCAACUUACCAGCGAAACCAUGAACCACCUGUCAGCCAUGAGGGUGAACAUACUAUCGACGUGAUCACCGGAAAAGCACUGGGUUUCCUCGAUGAUGCAUUGGCCGGCGAGAGGCCCUUCUUCCUGGCUGUAUCGCCCGUCGCGCCACACUCCAAUCUCGAUCCGGGGGAUAUCGCAUCGGGUAAUGUUUACAUGUCCGCGCCCAUCCCCCUCGAACGACACGAGCGUUUGUUCCAGGAUGUGAGGGUGCCCCGCACGGCAAAUUUCAAUCCGGACCAGCCAAGUGGAGUCAGCUGGGUUCAUGAUUUACCCCUGCAGAACCAAUCGGUGAUCGACUACAACGAUCACUUUUAUCGUUCACGUCUGCGUGCCUUGCAGGGUGUUGAUGAAUUGGUUGAUGGGCUUGUCACCCGGCUGGAGGAGAGUGGUCAGCUGGAUAAUACUUACAUUAUCUAUACCUCGGAUAAUGGGUUCCACAUUGGCCAGCAUAGACUGCCGCCCGGGAAGACCUGCGGGUUUGAGGAGGAUAUUCGCGUUCCCUUGUUCAUUCGUGGACCUGGCGUUGCUAAGGGAUAUGUCCAGGAUGCUGUGACCACUCAUGUGGACUUGGCGCCGACUUUGUUCCACCUUGCGGGUAUUCCGGCCAGGUCUGAUUUCGAUGGUACUGCCAUUCCUGUGACGCCCGAGUUUGAUGGAAAGCGCCAUGAACAUGUUACGGUGGAGUAUUGGGGUUCUGCUGUUGUGGAAGGCGUUUAUGGCGGCAUUGGCCCCGGAGGUUCAAUCAUGAUCCCGAACAACACCUACAAAUCCGUCCGUUUACUCGGAGAAGGCUACAAUCUGUACUACUCGGUCUGGUGCAACAACGAACAUGAGCUGUACGAUCUAUCGACCGAUCCGUACCAGCUGAAUAAUCUGUACCCGACCACAUCCCAGGCGGAUAUAAAUCAGCCCCGUAUUCUCGGUCGCAGCUUGGCCCAGGCUAUCAAUCGACUCGACGCUCUUUUGAUGGUCCUCAAGUCUUGCCAGGGUGUGACUUGUAUCCAGCCUUGGGAUAUCCUCCAACCGGUAGACCCAGUGAGUACUCUCCAUGAUUCUCUGGAUGAGGAGUAUGAUGGUUUCUAUGGUGCACAGCCUCGGGUCUCAUUUGACUGGUGUGAUGCGGGAUACAUUGUUGAAGCUGAGGGUCCACAGGUGCCGUUGACUAGUCGACACGGCGUGUCUUGGGAUGUGUGGGUGUAA